CUUCCCACACUCACUCAGAGGGGGCUGUCGGAGGAAUUCAGCUGGAGGAACAGCUCGGUACGAAAAAGCAAGCGAGAUACAACUUCAGCUCUACAUCUGAUUCCACUGUUGUUCUCGUUCAUUCUUCCUCUGGUUCAGAUUAGUGUGUUGUCUUAAAAUUUGACCACCGUCUUUGCUUGUUUAAAGAAAACCAACACACUCCUUUCCUUUUUCCAUUUGCUGCCUUGGCACAUUCUUCUGUGACAGCGAGCCUGGAUCUCCACCUUCCUCCACCUUGAUUCUCCAUUCGGCUGCACUGAAUGAAGAUGCACAGGUCAAAGGUUAGGCUCUGUCUCACCUUGUUCUCACUCUGCUGGACUUUAUCAUGCUUCGACAACGUGGAAGCAGACGGCAUCAUCAGGCCUGGAAAGACCACCAAAGGUCUCAGAAGACAAUCAGCUGUUGCUGAUCAGCAGAAAGAAGAAUUAGAGUCAGAAGACACUCAGCUGGACAAACCCAGUGCAGAUGUGGAGGGUAAAAAUGACAAAACAAGCAGUAAAAAGUCACCAGAAGACAUCCUAGCAGAAAAGGCAAAGAAAGCAGCAGAGAAAGAGGCCAAAGCAAAGAAGCCAAAGGCGCCCAAGCCCACCAAAGCACCCAAGCCUCCGAAACCAACAAAGAAGCCAAAACCAACCAAAAAACCCAAACCACCAAAACCAACCAAAAAGCCCAAACCACCAAAACCAACCAAGAAACCCAAACUUCCUAAACCUACCAAGAAGUCCAAGGUAGUGAAGGCCACCCCAAAGUAUGAAGUAAAUGAGAAACCCAGCUCUCCAUCAAAGAAACCAACCAUGGAGGAGGAAGAAGAGGAGAAAAUUCACACAGAACUCGGAUUUAAUAAAUAUCAUCCCCCUAAGAAUGAAGAUACAAAAAUCCUGAAGGAGCAUGACCCCAGUUACUGGGAUGCCAGAUAUGAAGUUACAGAGCCUGGUCUCCCGCCUAAAGUCAAGGAGGCCGACCCCAUUACUGAGGAUCCCAGCAUAUAUUUACCCAUUCCAGAGGAGACCACAGGCACACCACUUGUACCACCACCCUGGUAUGAAGAAUACGAUUAUUCUGACUUGGUAGCAAAAAAACUGGAGGAGGAGAUGGAGAAAAAGCGGAAAGAGAAGGAGGAGAAGGCUGAAAAACUCAGGAAAAUAUGGGAGGAGGAGGAGGAAGAGAGAAGAAAGCAAACUCCUGUUUAUGUCGAACCCAAAAAUUGUCCUCCAAUGGGCAUGGAGUCGCAUCGCGUGGAGGACGACCAAAUCUUGUCCUCUUCGACAUCCCAUCACGGAUUUGCAGCCCAGAGAGGUCGUUUGAAUAUGCAGGCCUCAAAUGACGAGGAAGAUGUUUACGGAGGGGCCUGGUGUGCUGACCCUGAGGAGAAGGAGCACUGGUUUCAGCUGGAUGCCCGGCGAGAGGUGGAGUACACCGGGGUCAUCACUCAGGGCAGGAGCUCAGAAACAAAUGACGAUUUUGUUUCAUCGUAUUUUGUGGCCUUCAGUAAUGACACACGUGAAUGGACGGUGCUUCAUGACGGCUAUGCUGAAUGGCUCUUCUAUGGCAAUGUUGACAAAGAUACUCCCGUGAAGACCGAGUUCUCCCAUCCUGUGGUUGCACGAUAUAUCCGAAUCUUACCCCAGAGCUGGAACGGCAGUCUGUGCAUGAGGCUAGAGGUGCUUGCCUGCCCCCUACCUAAUAGUCACCCGACAGAGAAUGAUGUCACACCCACCGAUGACUUGGAUUACAGGCAUCACAACUACAAGGAGAUGAGGCAGAUGAUGAAAGUGAUAAAUGAAGAAUGUCCUAACAUCACUAGAAUCUACAACAUUGGCAAGAGCUUUCAAGGGCUGAAGAUGUACGCGAUGGAGAUCUCCGACAACCCGGGAGAGCAUGAGACAGGCGAGCCAGAAUUCCGCUACUCUGCUGGUCUGCAUGGGAAUGAAGUUCUAGGCAGAGAGCUCCUGUUACUGCUCAUGCAGUUCCUCUGCAAGGAGUACAAUGACAACAACCCUCGAGUGCGACGCCUGGUGGACGGAGUGCGCAUUCAUUUAGUGCCCUCUCUCAAUCCAGAUGCGUAUGAGCUGGCUUACGAAAUGGGCUCAGAAAUGGGAAACUGGGCACUAGGACACUGGACUCAGGAAGGUUAUGACAUUUUCCAGAACUUUCCUGACCUUAAUAGCAUUCUUUGGGGUGCAGAGGACAGGGGCUGGAUUCCCCGCAUUGUGCCAAACCACCAUAUCCCCAUUCCUGAGAACUUCUUGAAUGGAUCAGUGGCUGCUGAGACAAAAGCCAUCAUCUCCUGGAUGCAGCGAACGCCCUUUGUUCUGGGAGCAAAUCUGCAGGGAGGUGAGAAUAUCGUCACAUACCCGUUUGACAUGCAGCGGCCACCACGGGCCCGUGGCCCAGCGGGGCGUCCAAACUACAACAUGAAUGAAGAGACAUGGGCCAGGAUCCAGAGACAAAACGAAGGUGCACUGCGUGAGACGCCAGACGAGAACAUGUUCCGCUGGCUGGCCAUGACCUAUGCUCACAGCCACCUCACUAUGACGGAGACGCAGCACGGCUUGUGUCACACUGAUGACAUCACAGAUGGCCAGGGCAUCGUUAAUCGUGCAAACUGGAAACCUGUCGUAGGCAGCAUGAACGAUUUCAGUUACCUUCACACAAACUGCUUCGAGAUAUCUAUCUUCCUGGGAUGUGACAAGUUUCCGCAUGAAAGCGAGCUGUCUUUGGAGUGGGAGCACAACCGGGAAUCCCUGCUUGCUUUCAUAGAGCAGGUGCACCGUGGCAUUAAAGGUGUGGUAAAGGACACUGAUGGGAAUCUAAUCGCAAAUGCUACAAUAUCAGUGGAGGGCAUCAGACAUGAUGUCAAAACAGCUUCUACAGGUGAUUACUGGCGUCUUUUAAACCCAGGUGAGUAUCGUGUAACCGCCAGAGCUGAUGGUUAUACAUCUCAUACUCGCUUGUGCAUGGUGGGCUAUGAGGCAGGUGCAUCACGAUGCAGCUUCACAUUAUCCAAGUCGAACUGGGCCCGGAUUAGAGAGAUCAUGGCCCAGAGAGGGAAUAAACCAGUUCGGGCAGUCACCAGGACCCAAACUGGAAGCACAAGCAAUGCCGGUCCAAAUAAAAAUCAUGUGCCUGUUGGUGGAAGAAGGGAGCGAUUGCGCCGUCUGCGUCUGAUGCGUCUGCGCAGGCUGCGGAUGCAGAGGCUGAGAGGCAACAGGACCACCACUCUAGUGCCCACAACCACUACAACCACCACCACCACAACCACCACAACCACCACUCCAUUUCCCACCACCCACACGGAGCUGAUAACUGAGACCACUGACUCGUGGUUUGACACGUGGUAUAUGAUAGGCAACACAGACGCACCAGAUCCCAUCGAGCCUGAGCUCCCCGAGACAGAACCAACACGAGACUACACCUUUGAGUACAGAAUAGAUGAUUACUGAGCACAGACACCACCUUGGCGGUAUCGCAGCUGAUGAUUUUUCUCCCAGCCUUUAUUCUCUACUAAUAUGAACACUCACUCUGUGGAACAGAGUGCCUAAAGAUUU